AUGUCGGAGUUGCGAGCCGCGGGGCCCGGCUCCGGGACAGCGCCCGGCGGAGCGGCCGGCCCCAGCGCCUCCGGCCCGGGGAACCCCUGUGGGCCCGGCCCGACGACUCCGCUGCCCUCGCCCGGGCCCGGCGGCGGCGGCAGUGCCGCCAGAGGAGAAGGAGGCACGUUGGGCCCUGGGGGACCGGCCCCCGGGGGGGUGACAGGCGCUUCAGGGGGGAGCUCCUCUUCCGCUUCCGUGUCGACCGGCUCCGCUUCCGGGUCAGCCCGCGAGGGCUGGCUUUUCAAAUGGACCAAUUACAUCAAAGGGUAUCAGCGGCGCUGGUUCGUGCUGAGCAACGGGCUCCUGAGCUACUACAGAUCCAAGGCAGAGAUGCGGCACACCUGCCGUGGUACCAUCAACCUGGCCACUGCCAAUAUCACUGUAGAGGACUCCUGCAAUUUUAUCAUUUCCAAUGGAGGGGCACAGACCUACCAUUUGAAAGCCAGCUCAGAAGUUGAGAGGCAGCGCUGGGUCACAGCCCUGGAGCUGGCCAAGGCCAAAGCAGUGAAGAUGCUGGCAGAGUCAGAUGAGUCAGGCGACGAAGAAUCAGUUUCUCAGACAGACAAGACCGAACUACAGAACACCCUGCGCACUCUCUCCAGUAAGGUGGAGGACCUCAGCACUUGUAAUGACCUGAUCGCCAAGCACGGAACAGCAUUGCAGCGUUCUCUCAGUGAACUGGAGACCCUCAAGCUGCCUGCCGAGAGCAAUGAGAAGAUCAAGCAGGUCAACGAGCGGGCCACACUCUUCCGCAUCACCUCCAAUGCCAUGAUCAAUGCUUGCCGGGACUUCCUGAUGCUGGCCCAGACACACAGCAAGAAGUGGCAGAAAUCUCUUCAGUAUGAACGUGAUCAGCGCAUCCGUUUGGAGGAGACGUUGGAGCAGCUGGCCAAGCAGCACAACCACCUAGAAAGGGCCUUCCGUGGAGCCACGGUUCUACCAGCCAAUGCCUCUGGCAGCAUGGAUUCCACUAAAGGUAGGAGAUGUUUCUCGUCUAAGGGGGAUCUGAGUGAUGAAGAUGAUGAGAAUGAGUUCUUUGAUGCUCCUGAGAACAUCACAAUGCCUGAAAACAUGGGCCACAAACGAACUGGCAGCAACAUCAGUGGUGCUAGCAGUGACAUCAGUCUCGAUGAGCAGUAUAAACACCAGCUGGAGGACACCAGGAAGGAGAAGAGAACCCGAAUCCCCUACAAACCAAAUUAUAGCCUCAACUUGUGGAGCAUCAUGAAGAACUGCAUUGGCAAGGAACUCUCCAAGAUCCCCAUGCCAGUUAACUUCAAUGAGCCCUUGUCCAUGCUGCAGCGCCUAACAGAGGACCUGGAAUACCAUGAGCUGUUGGACCGGGCAGCCAAGUGUGAGAGCUCCCUGGAGCAACUCUGUUAUGUGGCUGCUUUUACUGUAUCAUCUUACUCCACCACCGUCUUCCGUACUAGCAAGCCAUUCAACCCCCUCUUAGGGGAGACCUUUGAGCUAGACCGGCUGGAGGAGAAUGGCUACCGUUCCCUCUGUGAGCAGGUGAGCCACCACCCCCCAGCUGCUGCCCAUCAUGCUGAAUCAAAGCAUGGCUGGACCCUUCGUCAGGAAAUUAAAAUCACCAGCAAGUUCCGUGGCAAAUAUCUCUCCAUUAUGCCACUGGGUACCAUCCACUGUAUCUUCCAUGCAACUGGCAAUCACUACACAUGGAAAAAGGUCACCACCACAGUACACAACAUCAUCGUGGGCAAAUUAUGGAUAGACCAGUCUGGCGAGAUCGAGAUUCUGAAUCACAAGACCAAUGAAAAGUGUAUUCUCAAGUUUGUUCCUUAUAGCUACUUCUCAAGAGAUGUGGCCAGAAAGGUCACUGGAGAGGUACUAGAUUCCUUGGGGAAAGUGCACUUUGUGUUACUAGGCACUUGGGAUGAGAAGAUGGACUGUUUCAGGGUGUCAACAACUAGCAUGGAGAAUGGUAGUGAAAGCCGGCAGCGAGCACAUGAAGCAGAGGACAGCAGGGUCAUGCUGUGGAAGAGGAACCCACUCCCGAAGAAUGCUGAGAACAUGUACUAUUUCUCAGAGCUGGCUUUGACGCUCAAUGCUCUGGAAAGUGGUACUGCUCCCACGGACAGCAGGCUUCGGCCUGACCAGCGACUCAUGGAGAAUGGGCGCUGGGAUGAGGCCAAUGCAGAGAAGCAACGCCUCGAGGAGAAGCAGCGUAUCUCCCGCAAAAGACGUGAAGCCGAGGCAGUGAAGGCCACAGAGGAUGGAACUCCUUAUGACCCUUAUAAGGCAAUGUGGUUUGAGCGGAAGAAAGACCCAGACACCAAGGAGGUGGCCCACGUAUACAGGGGGGGCUACUGGGAGAGCAAAGAGAUGCAGGACUGGAGUAUGUGCCCUGAUAUCUUCUGAGCUGGAAGCAGCUGGACUUUUGAGAAGAGGAGGAAAAAUGGGUAGCAGAAGAAUGGAAGGGAGCAGCUGAUCAUGUGACUUCCUGCCUAGUGCUUUCCUCACCAAAUCUGUCUGUCUUAACCAAUCACUUGUUUUGAAUCAAUCACCCAAAGCAGAAUCCAGCAGUGGUGAUUGGCUGGGUUGCCUUAGCUGAUUGAAGCUGAUGUCUGGAUCCCUGGAUGGCUAGGGACAUAUCUGAGUAGAGGACUGCAUACUCAGUUUCCCCUUUCCUGUGCUCACAACCCUACACGUUUGGGGAGGAAGAGGGGAACAACAUGGUGCUGUAUACAGUUUGCCCCUCUUUUCUACCUUCAGAUAGAGAUGGUUCAAUAGCAUGUAGUCAAGACCAUGAAUGUAUGCUCCAAGGAGAUUGUU